AUGCCCGCUACCAACAAUGGCUGGCCCGAGGAAUUUGGCUUUAGGAUCAGCGGGAGCGGCCCUUGCUACAUCUUGGCCGUGGAAGACGGCAGCAGCGCCCAGGUGGCGGGCCUCCAGCCGGGAGACCAGAUCCUGGAGGUCGAAGGCCAGCACGUGUCCGCCAUGAACUGCGAGGCCCUCAUCGCCUUGGCCAGGCAGUGUGAGACCGUGCCCCCCAGCAUCGGCGUGGUCUCGCGGAUCCAGCGCCUGGACCUCAAGCCCGGGCCAGAGGGGCGCUUCGGCUUCACCUUGGCGUGUGGCGGAGGCUGCCCCCUGCAGGUGGAGAGCGUGGCCCCCGCCUCGCCGGCCUCUGAGUGCGGGAUCAAGGCCGGGGACUACGUCCUGGAAGUCAACGAGGUCCCUGUGAAGCGGUACGAAGAGGCAGCUGCCGCGAUCCAGUCCUGCCAGGGGCGAGGCCUCCGGCUGGGGCUCCUGAGGCUGGGGAAGCUCCAGAGGUGGGCCAGCAGCAGCGUGCGGGAGUUCGUGCAGAGCGCAGACGCCAUCCACCAGGAGAGGAGGCAGAAGGCCCAGGAGUUCAGCAAGAAGGUGCAAGAGAUCCUGGGGGACCAGCCAGAAGUCAAAGAGAAGAUGUUCACGAUCCUCAAGCAGUACGCAGCCGAGAGGAAGGUGGACUUCUUGGCUUAUUCCCUUGUCAUGGCUCUCACCAAGGAGUCCCAGCACCUCCUCCUGGACAACAUAAGGAUCUUCAUCCCCCGGAAACACCGGCAGCGCUUCGACGAGGUGGUCUCCCAGAGCCUGAUCAGCAAGCUGUGCCGGUCCAAGAGCGAGCAGCAUGUCAACCGGCUCAGGCGCAGCCGCAGCGAGGACCACCACGAGCGCCUGCUCGUCUCCACCCGGGCCAGCUCGGUGCCACGGACCCACGAAGAAAACUGCAAGGGCCUGAGGAAAACCACGUCCUUGAUUGCCAGCAACGUGGGGUCGGGGGCAGCCCGCAGGACUGUUCGAGUCUACAAAGGAAGCAGGAGCUUUGGGUUUACCUUACGCGGACAUGCCCCAGUGUGGAUCGAGUCCAUCUUGCCUGGGAGUCCAGCGGACAAGGCGUCGCUGAAAGCUGGAGACCGGAUCCUGUUCCUCAAUGGCCUGGACAUGAGGAACUGUUCCCAUGAGAAGGUGGUGUCCAUGCUCCAGGGCAGCGGAGCAAUGCCCACCCUCGUGGUUGAAGAAGGCAUCGUCAGCUUUUCAGACUGUGAGUCGUCUGAGACCCUCAGCUCCUCCUCAGCGCUCACAUCCCUGCAGUGGGUGGCAGAGAUUCUGCCUUCCAGCAUCAAGAUCCAGGGCAGGACCUUCCACCAGCAGCUGGAACAUCUGCUCACGCCGCCCGAGCGCUACACUGUCUGCAAAGCCCUGGAGAGCUUCUUCCAGCACAGGAACAUUGACACCCUCAUCGUGGACGUCUACCCUGUCCUGGACACGCCUUCCAAGCAGGUCAUCUGGCAGUUCAUCUACCAGCUGCUGACCUACGAGGAGCAGGAACACUGCCAGCAAAAGAUCGCCAGGUUCCUCGGCUACAAGUCAGGUGAGCUGCCGGCUGCAGCUGAGCCAGAGUCUGAGGAACGGCACCGCAGCUCGGUUCGGGCAGCCCCCGUACGCCGGACGAGCGUCCGCACCCACAGUUCUGAGGAUGGUGGAGCUGGAGGUAGGCCAGCUGUCGAGGUGCCCAUCCGUCUCGGCUCUGGGGAGAGGCAAGCAGGGGACGGGACCUCUCUUCCGGAGACACCCAAUCCCAAAAUGAUGUCGGCCGUCUAUGCAGAAUUGGAAACCCGGCUGACCACAGGCUUUGGAGGGAAGCUGGGCAACUUGGCUUCACGCAGGGCAUCGCCUCCAGUCCUGGAACAAGCGAACUCCGCAGGUGCACGGAAGACGAGCCUGGCCAUCUCCUGGCAGAAUGCCGCCCCGCCCACCCAGCCUUGCUACUAUCACUCCCAUGGUGGCAUCCCCUCGCCCAGCAGCACUGAGUCCAACCCCUACGUCAGCCUGGACAGCAGCCCGGCCCCCUCCCCCAAACACGGCGACCUUGCCCUCAGCCCCCUCUCUCGGCGGAAGAAGCUCUUCACCUUCUCACGCCCGCCGCGCAGCAGGGACACGGAUCGCUUCCUGGAUGCCCUGAGCGAGCAGCUGGGACACCGGAUUACCAUCGUGGACGACUUCCUCAUGCCGGAGAACGACUACGAAGAGAUGAGCUUCCACGACGAACAGGGCAGCUACGUGGCCAACGACCUGAGCAGCGCCAGCGAGUACCAGAGCAGCAGCGACGGCAGCUCCUUGACCUACUCCACCUUGUCCGACCAGAUCCCGCCACCUCCCAUCAGCCCGCCACCGCCCCCUCCGCCCCUGCAGUUCCACCAGCCCCAAGAGGACUACAGGAGGAGGAGCACGGAGUCCCUGAGGAACGCCCCCUCGGCCUCCCACCCCAGCCCUCCCGCCGGCCACCCGCAACCGGUCCCGCCACCCCCGCCGCCACCCCCUCCUCUGCCGGUCCCGUGCAUGCCUCCACCGGUGCCGCGGGGCAUCGUUCACCGCAGGAGCGAGUCCCACCACAUGAGCGUCAAGCGGCUGCGCUGGGAGCAGGUGGAGAACUCUGAAGGCACCAUCUGGGGGCAGCUCGGGGAGGACUCGGACUACGACAAGCUGAGCGACAUGGUCAAAUACCUCGACCUGGAGCUGCAUUUUGGAACCCAGAAGCCAGCAAUUUCUCUUCCAGAGCCAAGCCCCUUGCCGGAAUCCUUUAAAAAGAAAGACGUGGUAGAGAUCCUUUCGCACAAAAAAGCCUACAACAUGUCUAUCUUGAUCGCCCACCUCAAGCUUUCGCACAUCGAACUGCGCCAAAUCCUCCUGACCAUGGAGAGCGACCGCUUGGAGGCCUCCCACAUCAAGCAGCUGCUGCUGUACGCGCCCGACAGCGAGGAGGUGCAGCGGUACCACGGCUACUCAGGGGACCCCGGCAAGCUUAGCGAGCCAGACCAGUUUGUUCUGCAGAUGCUUCUGGUGCCAGAGUAUAAAACCCGGCUGCGGAGCCUCCACUUCAAGACCACCCUGCAGGAGAAGACGGAAGAGAUCACGGCCAGCUACGAGUGCGUCUUCAACGCAUCCUUGGAGCUGAAGAACAGCAAGAAGCUGGCAAAAAUCUUGGAGUUCGUGCUGGCGAUGGGCAACUACCUUAACCACGGGCAGCCGAAGACGAACAGAACCACAGGCUUUAAAAUCAACUUCCUAACCGAGUUGAACACAACCAAGACUGUCGAUGGGAAAUCCACCUUCCUCCACAUCCUUGCCAAAUCGCUUAGCCAACAUUUCCCAGAACUCCUGGGCUUUGCCAAGGAUCUCCCUACAGUGCCACACGCUGCCAAAGUGAAUCAGAGAACAUUAACGGCCGACCUUGAUGACCUUCACACCACCGUGGAGGAGAUUGAGAUUGCCUGCCAGGAUAUGCCGGCUUGCUCGGAGGACAGGUUUGGGGACGUGAUGGUUGCUUUCCUGGAACGUGCCCGCCCCAUCAUUCAGUCUUUGGCUGAUCUUCAGCACAAAGCAAUGGAAGAGUUUGGCAAAGCCUUGUCCUUCUUUGGGGAGGACUCAAAAGUCACAACCUCAGAGGCUUUCUUUGGCAUUUUUGCUGAGUUCAUGAGCAAGUUCGAGCGAGCCUUCAGCGAUGUACAGGCUGGUGAGCCCCAGCGUAGCCCCAGGAUGACUCCACCACUCGCCUGGUGAUGGGGG